AUGCCAUCUCAAAUGGAACAUGCCGUGGAAAUCAUAAUGUCUACAUUUCACAAAUUUGCUGGAGAUAAAGGCUACUUAACAAAGGAGGACCUGAGAGUACUCAUGGAAAAGGAGUUCCCUGGAUUUUUUGAAAAUCAAAAAGACCCUCUGGCCAUGGACAAAAUAAUGAAGGACCUGCACCAGUACAGAGAUGGCAAAGUGGGCUUCCAGAGCUUCUUUUCCCUAAUUGCAGGCCUCGCCAUUACAUGCAAUGACUAUUUUGUAGUACACAUGAAGCAGAAGGGAAAGAAGUAGGCAGAAAUGAGCAAUUCCCCCGG